AGAUGUGCGGGCCAUGAAAGUAGGCCCUGUCCGCGAAGGUAUGAAAGAUUUCGUGGACAGUCCGCAUCAGUAAGUUUCCCCCUGAGCCCGCUGGGUCUUGAAAAACGGAAAAUUAGCCCUGGUUGUGAGUCACCAUCCUAUCGCAAAUUGUAAACCACAGCCAAUGGCGGAGCAAGCGGAGCUUCCCCGCGCCCAAUCUUCCGCCGAGCCUGCGGAGCCGUCCGCAAGUGGGCGUACGGAACCUCUCGCACCUGGGACGGCAGGGGCAACAGCGGGCGGCGGUUCCCUAGGGCAACACGCCGCGACAGCUACGCCGCCUUCAACGGCGGCGGCCACGGCAGAAGAGAUCCCCGCGAAACACGGCGAUAGCAGCGGCGGCGCAACCGGCGGUGGGAUUUGGACGCGCGAAUUCAGCGAGGAGGGGCCCGACGGCAAGUUUCACUUCCAAAUCGUGAAGCUGAGUCAGCAGCUGUACGUGUGGGUGGGGCUCAACACCGCAUCCCACGGCAACGUCUACGCCGCCAUACCCACCAGAUUCGACCCCAUGCCACUUGUCACGCCUCUGAUUGGUGGGGGCGCGGAGGGGGCUUCCAGCUCGAUGGCCGCCAGACUAAGCAAGCGACUGGGGUGUGCAGUUAUCUUGGCGUCAAACAUCCCACCCAAUGCGCCCAUGACAGAGGCAACAGCAGAGCGGCUUCUGAUUCGGCGCCUCCCAGCCCUUCUAGCCGAGCAAAGCCCCACCUGACAAGUUUUCUUAGGCAGAAUUAGAUCAGACCACUCAUGAACUUUUGCUGACAUCAGUAUGGGCACGGUACUAGUGGUACUAUGGUAGUAUAUGUGCAGCAGCUAGCCUGCUAAAUGCUAACUCGUUCACCAGUCGUCUCGCUGUGUUAAUUACUGCUGCAAGCAAUUUCGCCUGCAUACUCUUCUCCACACUAAAUUGCAUAGUACUGUAGAAUCCAUAAGAGAUAUGUACCGUGUGAUCUAAGCAUGUGGCAUGAGACAAACUAAUGA